GAAGGAUAGGCAUCAAAGAUGGGUGGGGACAACAAUUUUUCAUAUGGACCAAAAAUUAUGAAUGGAGGACUUGCGGGUAUUAUUGGUGUGUCGUGUGUCUUCCCGAUUGAUUUGGUAAAAACUCGCCUGCAAAAUCAAACUGUGGGGGCUGAUGGCAAGCUGCAAUAUUCUGGAAUUGCCGAUUGUGCAAAGCAAACAUGGCGAUCUGGUGGAGCUUCGACCCUAGCGAAAUUCCGUGGAAUGUACAGCGGUUCAGGAGUCAAUAUUCUACUUAUCACACCCGAAAAAGCAAUCAAACUUGUUGCCAACGAUUUCUUCCGUCACAAACUCGCCAAGGAAGGCGAGAAGCAAUUGUCAGUUGGCAGGGGAAUGUUGGCCGGAGGAUUGGCUGGCAUGUUCCAGAUCUCUGUGACAACACCGAUGGAGUUGUUGAAAAUUCAGAUGCAGGAUCAAGGAAGAACGUUGAAACCUGGACAGCAGAAAUUGUCAGCAACUCAGUUGACUAUGAAGCUUGUUAAGGAGAACGGAAUCGCUGCACUUUACAAGGGGCUCAGCUCAACUCUAGCGCGUGACGUCACUUUCUCUGUGAUCUACUUCCCACUCUUUGCCUACCUUGAUUCAUUGGCUCCAAGAAAGCCAGAUGGUAGUGGAGAUGCAGUUUUCUAUGGAAGUUUCUUGGCUGGUUUGACAUCUGGAGCAGCUUCAUCCUUCUGUGUGACGCCACUCGAUGUGAUCAAGACUAGAAUGCAAACUAUUAACAAAGGAGCAAAUGAGAUUGUCUACAAGAAUAUUCCAGACGCAUUUGUCACGAUUUUCAAAAAUGAAGGACCAAAAGCUUUGUUCAAAGGAGCCGCUUGUCGUAUGAUGGUUAUGGCACCACUUUUCGGUAUCGCCCAAACUGUCUACUACAUUGGAGUUGCUGAAAAGAUUCUUGGAAUCCAAAAAGCCACACAUGUCUAGAUUUAUUUAGCUUCAAAUUUACUAAAAUUUCUCUAUUUUUGACAACCAAUUGCCAUACCAAAAUGAUUCACCAGUUCGUUUUUCUUUCCUUGCAUUACCAAUUUUCAUGUUUUCUUUCCAACUUCAAAAUUCCCAUGGUCAGUAUUCGUAGGAUUUUGCCAGAUUUUUAAUAAAACAUAAUCAAAGUUUUUU